CGCUGUCUUAUCUGUAAUUCUGAGCUGGCAAAGCGUUCUUAACUAGUUCGUUUCUUAAACACUAUUUACGGACUUGCCUUCCAAUUGUUUCGUUAUCAACACUAAGUGCAUGACAGAAGUGUUUUUAAAAGUACUUCACACAUAAAUCACAAAAUCUAAGAUGAUACUGGUAACUGUUAUGAUUGCUGGGUUCGUGUGUUGCGCCUGCACCUUGAACCAGCGUUCCUCUGGAAGCGGUCAUGUGUUUGAUGACAGCCCCCAGGCUCGGGCGAUGUUUUGGAAGGCAGACAGAGACCAGAACGAGUACCUUACGUACGGGGAGUUCCAGAACGUGUUCCGUUCCUAUGACAACAACACUGACGGUCUUGUGACCAGCGCAGAGUUCCUGGAGCAUUGGCAAGAUGAGAUGAACGGCACGGUGACACAAGGCCUGCACGUGUUCAUGAUCCUUGACGUCGACAAGGACUUUAUUCUGGAGAUCACAGCAGAAAUUCCGCACAUUUACCACUGGUUUGACUUUAACUCUGACUGGAAGGUAACAGAAGGAGAAUUUGUGGUCCAGUGGGUGAAAAUAUCAACAUAACAUUGAUUUUAUCCUUGUUCAAUGGCUUGAUCGCUUCUUCUGUUCCAUAACGUUGUAACGUUUCGUUAGGCGAAAAAAUAAAUGAAUCUACUUUA